AUGGAGAUGGAGCAGCCAAUUUCCCGAGUUUUCGGUGUGGAGAGAGGAGGUGUCACCUGCAAAGAAACUCCGACGCCCAAGUCAGUGUCGUGUACAGCCGCCAUUACCCCUCCCCCCUUUCUGAAACACCAACACAGCCUCACCCUCUCUCAAUGUAACAAACACACACGCAUACUGAGGGAACGAGAACCAGAGAGAUAUAGAUCAGAGAGAAGAGGGAAUCCGAGAGAGAACGAGGGCGCCGGUGGAGGGAGGAGCUCGCGCCAUGCUCGUGAACCGCCGCUUCCUCGCGCCGUGAAUCCCGUCGUCCCUACCGCAGCCGUCCGCGCUGUCGUUCUUGCCACGAAGCCAGCGCCGCCGAGCCAAGUGCCAUUGCGUCAUUGCGGCUAUGCCUUGAUGUGUAUGUGGCGAGCGCAUAUUCGUGGCCUACUUCCAUUCCCUACUUUGGUCACUAGUAUGGCCGCCCUAGCUGAGGUACCCUGGUUGGAUGAUGAUGUGAUACCACCACCCCCAGAUGACGAUGACAAGGAGGUUACUAUUCCUUGGGGUGGUUGGGUGCACGAGAAGCCCCCAGCUAGACGCCGUUCCAGGGCUAGAGCAGUAGUGGGGACAGCAGGACCAGCGGAGAGGCUCCAUGUCAGACGCCGACUGGAUCGGAUGGAUCAGGCGCUCAUCUCUCUUGGCGUUGAGUUACCUCCGCUUCCAGACUCUCCGGCCUCCGAUGAGCAGGAUCAUCAGGAGGAGGCUGCGGAGGCGCCGACUCAGCAGGAUGCACCUCCAGUUGCUCCAGACACUACAGAGAUACCACAGACCCAUGAGGAGCCGGUCCCACAGCCACAGCCGGUCCCACAGCCAGAUUCAGCAGCUACCGUUGUACCUUCCACUGAUCCUCCGGUUUAG